GGUAUAGUUAAUAAACAUAAGAUACCUAUUUUUAAUGCUAUCUUGAUGGAUCUCAUAAAAAUAAAAGCAAUUGUCAGAACUUGUUAAAAAAACAUCAAUCUAGUAACAUUUUAUAAAAUGUUGCAACUAGCUACUUGCUGCAGCUAGCAGUUGGCAACACUGCCUUGAGAUGGUAUUUAUGAAAAAAACUGUGAUAUAACGAGUGGCAUUUUCCGAUAUUCCAGAGUGUCCGCGAAGAAUUAGGAUGUGCGCGUGCUCGGGUGCGGGAGCUCGAAGCACAGAACAGGGCGUUGAGCGCGUUGCUGGUGAGACAGUUGCGGCCUCAGCCUCGACCUUCACCUGCCACGCCACAUACACCUCUCACACCGCACACGCCGCGUGACUUUCAAGGUAAAAACACACAGCAAACACUUCGUAGCAAAGUCUUUGCUUAUCACACCUUUUCUCCUUCUUUUCAACUUGCCACAAGCUUGCAUGCAAGCGCUAAAAAAAUAAAAAAAAACACCUUUGUUCCGUGACUUUGUAUCGAAUCUCGUUACCUUAGACUGUUUUUUUUUUAUUAAAUCUACUCGUAUUUUAAAAAGUUUAUUGUUCGCAAACCUUCUUUACGUCAUAUUAUAACAAUGAAUUUUGAAAUAUGAAACACAGAUUUAAAAUGAUAUUUCUUUUAUUACAGUUCAUUUGGUGGACGUGGGUUCGUGUGGGUCUCUAGUAUCGUUCCGUGAUUCUCCUCCACCAGCGCCCCCCACUCCUCAACCCCACCCACUGAGUCAUGAUGACAAACGACGCCACCAGAUCCUGACUGAUAUCUGGACUGAACUCAAGGGUUUGGAGGUGACACCCGCGAACCUGGCUCGCGCUCUGUCAGCUGUAGACCCCACACUGUGGGCGCCACCCGCGCGCCCAGCCACACUUAGUCUCAAUAUGCCACAACCUUGCACAGACUCGAUCACAGGCACAUGUGGCGAGAAAAUCACAGAGGAAGACAACGGGGAAGCGUGCGAAGCCGGCGCGGAGUCGCCAGAGAGCGGGGCGAAGGACGAGGGCUACUCCACCAUGUCCAGCGACGUGCAGGCCGACGCCUCGCGACAGAGCGACCACGCCGCCGACCGCGCCCUGCCCGACCUAAACGAGGCCUCUGAUGAAACCGACAACCAGACCAUCGUCUCCAUCAACCCGAGGGAACGGCGACACGCAAGACUCAUAGCCGAAGCCGAUUAUAUCUACUUCCCCAUAGGUAUCGCAUUCGCCGGCGUUCGAGGGAGCUACCCGCCUUCGAGACCAGUUCUACCCUUCCAACACGUAGUCCGAAGCUUCUCUGAUUCGCACCUCUGCUUGAAACUCCUAGCAGGGACGACCUGUCCGACUAGUUGUCUAGACAGUCCGACCCCGAGCUCCGGAGUUUUAGUUUUAGAUUUAAAACCAGCGCCCGAGAGACCUCUGAGGAGGCCGGCCAUCGCAUCGACGACGAGCUCAGAGAGAGUUUCGUGGGGAAGUACGGUCGACGAGAGGGCCGAUUGCUCGCAGUACGACGCCGAUUAUGUCCAACACUGGCUCGAGUUGGACGACGCUCGAUCGGCACUUCAGCAACGGCAUAGAGACUUAGCGGACUUAGAAUACGAUAGAGCAGAAUUGGAAGACUGGAGCCUUUCCUUAUCUUGCGAAGAUCUCAGAGACAGGCAAUCGCCGUUCGCGGAAAUAACGACGCCCGGGCAGAUAUCCUUGUCCACGUUACCUAGUAUUAGAGAAGACGAUGCGUUAGAAUUAGAGGAGGACGUCGGUGAUUGUUUGUGGAAUGACUGUGGAUUUGCUACGAUAGAGAUUGACGAAUGUAGAAUAGGUGAUGAUCCGGACAAUACAGACAAAAGAUGGGAAUGUAGUGGAACGCAUUCGCCGGGCGGAUCGUGGUCGAGUACAUCUGAUGCACCCGAUAAAAGAUCGAGUGCGGCUUUGAGUGAGGACGGUGACUGUGCGAACGUCGGUCUCGAUUUCACGCGAGAUUUCUAUAGACUAGUGAAGUACGAGAGCACGAAGAGUCUCGCUUCGAACUCUUCGCGAGGUUUACCCGCACCAGAUGUAAGCAAUCACUUACGAGUACACGACGUGCAGGCAAUGGCACUUCAAGAUCGAGAACAAGCGUUGCAAAACGUACUACAUUUCAUUGCAGAGCAGCAAAAAUACUGUCGCGACAGAGAAGAAUCUGAUUCGAUGUCGUCGCGGCCCGUGUCAGAAAUACGAGAACUGCCCCCGCCUUAUCCGUCGGCGGAUUUCGAUGAUGAUUCGGUGGGUCCACGUAGUGAAGUCUCCGAAGACAGACAGAGACCGGACUCGUUCGGUAGUUUCUCAGAGAACGAUUCCUGUGAUGUGAUUCUCGGCGAACGUCCGAAGGUUCCAUAUUGUGAUACGAUUUCCGAGCCAAAAUCGACCCCUCGAUUCAUCGAACGUGAAGAUCCGUACGCAGAGUCGGAGGGUUAUUUUAAUGAAUUCUCGCAAAUCGAAAACUCUGAAAACGAAAUAGACCAGCAUGAUAAAUUAAAAGUUCAAAGAAAGAACGAGAUAAAUAGAACCAUAGAUGUCAUAAUCAAUUCUGCAGAUGAUGCAGAACCUUUAGCUCAACUCAAGGACGAAAAAAGUGAUAUAGAAUCUAGUCGAUGCGUAGAGCACCAUUCAGCGUUAAAGGAAAAUACAGUGAACAUAAAAUUAAAUCAAAAGCUUCCAAGUGAUAGAGUGGAAUUGGAGAGUAGUUUGAUAAAGUCGUCUAGCUUUACAUUUCCCAACGAACCGGAGACUUCGUUCGUGGAGGAAGUGUUGAGCGCUUGCAGAAGAAGCACAGGAGCUUUAGUUACCGUCCCUGAAGAGGAGGAAGGCUCGUCACCGGAAACCGGCUCUCCUCAAAUGACUGAAUCGAAUACGACAAGCACUUCUACAGCUGAAACUGUGAUAGUAAGUAAUAAGAACGAAGUGACUUUUAAGGACAUUAAGCCGAGGACUGAAAAGAGUAGGAUUCCGACUUUGAUGGGAGGAAAGAGGCCUCCGUCGUCUCCUAAUAGGACGAGGUCGAAGAUCCCCGUGGCGGAGAGAAGCAGACCCUCUAUGUCUGCCUGCGCUGAGCAAAUCAUUGUCAAACAAGAGCAUACACUCAGCUUUCACGAAGCCGCCACUUCUAAGGAUGUCAUCGAGGAACUCAAUAGAAUGAUCCGUCAGAGUGAAUCAACGGCAGUCACUGAUACCAAAGUGGAGGAACAACCGGACAAGGCUCACUCGCAUAAGGAUAACGCGCUGUGGGCACCCACCGGCUGGGUCCACGUAGAGAAAGAUAUAGAUUUCAGUGAUCCUAAGGCGCGCGCCAAUCUCCUGGACGUGAUGUUAGCAUCGAGUGACUCGUCGCCUUCAUCAUGCGGGUCAUCGCCCGCCGAGCCCCCUCCACCCCCGCCGCCCCCUCACGCGCCAUACUCGCGCCUGCAUCGGUUGCAUCGUUCGCGGAGACAGAAAACUGGUAAGGAUCAUCACCAUCCACCCACAUACUGGUCAAUCCUAUUAAAUGACCAAAGCAAAGCCACGUGUCAUAUGAAUCGCGUAGACAAAGGUCUAGUUGCGAUAUGCAGAUCAUCGCCGUCCAAGCCCUAUCAUCCACCAACCUCACUCUUAGAAACAGAAGAUAGAAAAUUGGUAAGAGUUACAUUGAGCGGUGUAUGCGCGUGUUGUGGUGGCGGCGGCGUGGCGCGGCUCAGCCUAGUGUGUGCGCAGACGGCCGCCCCUAGCCGCCGCCUACGUCACGCCUCGCCGAGUGACGUCACCGCGCUCCGAGUGACGUCACCGCCCGGGGCCCGCGUGACGUCACCCGCGUUGUGCCGCAGCCGCCGCGCUGCGCAGCCGCGGGCUGGCCGUGCUGCGGUUCCCGCGCAGCCGGCGGCCCUCCAUCCUCGGCCGCGACGGCUUCUUCGUCCGGUACGGCGACCGGGAGCGGGCCGCUGUCGCUACCUUUGA